AUGUCCAACUGUACACCGGUCACGACUCUCUUUGACACUUCGGCCAAACUUCUCUCUGCUGUCGGACCUCCUGUUGCUGAUCCAUCACUAUACCGUAGCCUUGUCGGAGCCCUCCAAUAUCUCACUUUCACUAGGCCGGAUAUCGCUUAUGCUGUCCAAAAAACUUGUCUUUAUAUGCAUGACCCUUGUGAGCCUCACUUCACCGCCAUGAAACGCAUCCUUCGUUAUCUUAAGGGAACCAUCUCGGACGGCUUACACAUCACUCAUUCCAACAAAACGACACUCACUGCCUAUACUGACGCAGACUGGGCCGGCUGCCCCAACACACGUCAUUCCACUUCUGGUUUUGCCGUCUUCCUUGGUAACAACCUCAUCUCCUGGCCUUCUAAACGACAACCAACUGUCUCACGCUCUAGUGCUGAGGCAGAGUAUCACAGUGUGGCCAACUUAGUUGCCAAAACAAUAUGGAUCCGUAACCUAAUCCUUGAACUUCAUUGCCUACUUAACACUGCAACGCUUGUGUACUGGGAUAAUAUAUGUGCAGUUCGAGUCUUUCAUGUUCCUUCCUCCCAUAAAUAUGCAGACAUCUUCACCAAAUGUCUCCCUACAUCUCUGUUUCAAGACUUCAAGUCCAGUCUUAACGUUCAUCCUCAUUACGUUUCGACUGCGAGAGGGUAUUAG